ACUUAUAAUAUACAACUGUUUGCAUUUAAAGCGUAUUUUAAUUCUAAUAUUGAUUAGAUGAAUGCAAAAUAGUGUAAUAGAUCCGGGAUUUAGUAUAGUUGACCGCGUUGCGUGUGGACAAUGUUACGUGCUUUGUUGGAUAAAUUCUGGGACGAAGAUGUGUGGCUGCCGCCGAAUACAACUUGGGACGAUAUUGCUCCUGGUCCUGACAAAGAAGUAGUUUAUGCUGAUUAUAGGCACCUUCUCUACCCCAUACCUUUGGCCUUGGUGCUCAUAGUCUUACGACAAACAUUAGAAAAAUAUAUUUAUGCACCAUUUGGCAUGUCAUUAGGUAUUAAGAACACAAGACCAAAGAAAGCACCAAAUAACCCGAAAUUAGAGUCAGCAUAUGUGGACUGCCCUAAAAUUAAACAUAAACAGUUGUUUUUGAGCAAGGACGAGAUAUGCGCGCUAGCGAAGCAGUUAGAUAUGUCAGAAAGGCAGGUGGAGCGCUGGUGGCGUCUCCGGAGGAGCCAGGAUAAGCCGUCCAAGCUCACCAAGUUCUGCGAGAACGCGUGGAGAUGUAGCUUCUAUUUCUACAACUUCUCCUACGGGACGUUCAUCCUAUGGGACAAGGAUUGGCUGUGGGACAUCGACCAGUGUUACAUUGGGUAUCCGCAUCAAGGGACAUCUAGUGACAUCUGGUGGUACUACAUGAUAUCAGCGGCGUUCUAUUGGGCGCUGACGAUGUCACAGUUCUGGGACGUGCGUCGGAAGGACUUCUGGCAGAUGUUCGUCCACCACAUCGCUACGAUCGCGUUGCUAUCUUUCAGUUGGGUCUGCAACUUGCAUCGUAUUGGCACUUUAGUGCUGCUGCUACAUGACUGCACCGAUAUAUUCUUAGAGGCUGCGAAAGCGGCGAAAUACGCAAACUAUCAGAAGUUGUGCGACGCAAUAUUCACUGUGUUCACCGUGUUGUGGAUCGUCACGAGGCUGGGGAUAUAUCCGUUCUAUAUUAUUUGGAGCACAUCAGUCCGUGCUCCAAUGCUACUGCCGAUGUUCGCGGCGUACUAUAUCUUCAACGCGCUACUAUGUCUGCUACUCGCACUCCAUAUACUAUGGACGUGGCUCAUACUUCAGGUUGCUUAUAAGUCCAUCAACGCUGGCAAGAUGGAAGGCGACAUCCGUAGUUCUAGUUCAGACUUUAGCGACAGUUCGCACCAAUCAAAUCACAGUACGCCUAACAGAAUUCAUAACAAAAAGGACACGUAGUGGUCUGCAUGCCUUCGAGCGAUGGUCAUCGAGAACGGUGAACUGAAAUUAUUUAUUAAACUUUAUAGCCUUUAAAUAACGACGUUAUUCAAUUAAAAUGGUUCAACAUGGUUCCCGGGCGCGGAAGAAGCCAAUUUAUGCUCUUGCACCAAAAAAACUAACUCAAAUUCAAAAUUUCUUUAUUCAUGUAGGCCUAUCACAGGCACUUAUGAAGCGUUCAUACAUAUAUGUUUACAUAAUUGUAAGGGGAUGGUGAUAACAUCGUACGCCAACUUAAACUUAAAGCUACGAGUAAAACUAUAGUAAGACCCCUACUCAAUCGUUUUUAAGAAUAACCAACCGUACUUCAAAUAAAUACACUUCUUUAUUAAAACUGUUCCAACUCUGAAUAAUACUUUUUAAGAAAUUAAAUUAAAAA